GCCCCUCUCCGCCCCGCUCCGCCGCCGCCCCGGGCUCCGAGCUCAGCUCUCCGCUCUCCCCUCCGUUCCUCUCCGUUCCUCCGCCGUCGGGGCCCGCUGAGCCCGGCGGGUGCCCCUGGAGGCGAUGCCCUUCCCGGCCCCUCCGCGCCGCCGCCGCCGCCCCGACCCCCCCGCCGCCCCCCGCCGCUGAGCCUGGCCCCGACGAGGCCUCCCCCGGCGGCGCCGCCCGCCCCGGGGCUGCCGCAGCGAUGGAGACGGCGGAGAAGGAGUGCGGAGCCCUCGGUGGGCUCUUCCAGGCCAUCAUUAACGACAUGAAGAGCUCCUACCCCAUCUGGGAGGAUUUCAACUCGAAGGCCACCAAGCUGCACUCCCAGCUCAGGACCACGGUGCUGGCUGCAGUCGCCUUCCUGGAUGCCUUCCAGAAAGUGGCUGAUAUGGCCACCAACACCCGAGGGGCCACGAGGGACAUCGGCUCUGCACUGACCCGCAUGUGCAUGCGGCACCGCAGCAUCGAGGCCAAGCUCCGGCAGUUCACCAAUGCCCUGAUGGAGAGCCUGAUCAACCCUUUGCAGGACAGGAUCGAGGACUGGAAGAAAACUGCCAACCAGUUGGACAAGGACCAUGCAAAAGAGUACAAGCGAGCCCGCCACGAGAUCAAGAAGAAAUCCUCUGACACACUCAAGCUGCAGAAGAAGGCUCGUAAGGAGCUGCUGGGGAAAGGGGACCUGCAGCCCCAGCUGGAUAACGCACUGCAGGACGUCAACGACAUGUACCUGCUGCUGGAGGAGACAGAGAAGCAGGCGGUGCGCAAGGCGCUCAUCGAGGAGCGGGGCCGCUUCUGCACCUUCAUCACCUUUCUGCAGCCCGUGGUGAACGGGGAGCUCACCAUGCUGGGGGAGAUCACCCACCUGCAGGGCAUCAUUGAUGACCUUGUGGUGCUCACCGCAGAGCCCCACAAGCUGCCCCCCGCCAGCGAGCAGGUGAUCAAGGACCUGAAGGGCUCUGACUACAGUUGGUCCUACCAGACCCCUCCAUCAUCACCCAGCAGCUCCAGCUCCCGCAAAUCGAGCAUGUGCAGCAGCGUCAGCAGUGCCAAGGGUGGCCUCCCGUGGCCCGGGGGGGCUCAGACCUGCUCACCCAGCUCCACCUAUCGCUACCGCAGCCUGGCCCAGCCGGCCAGCGCCGGCACGCGCCUCUCCAGUGUCUCCUCGCACGACUCCGGCUUCAUCUCCCAGGAUGCUGCCUACUCCAAACCGCCCUCCCCGAUGCCCUCAGAUAUCACCAGCCAGAAGUCCUCCAGCUCAGCGUCCUCAGAGGCCUCAGAGACGUGCCAGUCGGUCAGCGAGUGCAGCUCCCCCACCUCGGAUUGGUCCAAGGCCAGCCCCUAUGACCAGCCCGUGGUCAGCACCCUACAGCGGCGAAAGGACCGUGUGGAGCACCUGCGGGAAGCUGAGAUGGGCUCAGCCAGCAGCGUGUACCCAGCCAUGGGCAGCGAGGAUGCUCCCAGACCCCGAAUGUCACCGGCCACCAUUGCAGCCAAGCAUGGUGAGGAGGUGUCCCCUGCUGCUAGCGACCUGGCCAUGGUGCUGACACGGGGGCUGAGCCUGGAGCACCAGAAGAGCAGCCGGGACUCACUGCAGUACUCCAGCGGCUACAGCACGCAGACCACCACCCCAUCCUGCUCCGAGGACACCAUCCCUUCCCAAGGUUCUGACUACGACUGCUACUCGGUGAACGGCGACGUGGAGUGCGACCCUCAGAGCGACUUCGACAAAUCCUCAACCAUCCCUCGCAACAGCAACAUUGCCCAGAACUACCGCCGUAUGAUCCAGACCAAGCGGCCCGCCUCCACCGCCGGGCUGCCCAGCGGCACCAACCUGCCAGCCGGCAGCACCCCGGGGGUGGCCACCAUCCGCCGCACGCCCUCCACCAAACCCUCGGUCCGCCGUACCCUCUCCAACGCUGGCCCCAUCCCCAUCCGCCCACCCAUUGUCCCCGUCAAGACCCCAACGGUGCCCGAUUCACCCGUCUACGCCGGUCCGGCACGGGUGGGCAGCGAGGAAUGCGUGUUUUACGCCGAGGAUGCCUCACCCAACCCAAUGGAUUUUGCCAAAGCGUCGCCCAAACGCUUGAGCCUCCCCAACGCUGCCUGGGGCGGCGGCGUGGCCGAGAUCUCUGUCUACGCCGGCGCGGUGCAUCCGAUGGCCGCCGAUGAAGAGGAGGACCAGCAGUUGGCCGCCAACCGGCACAGCUUGGUGGAGAAGAUCGGCGAGCUGGUGGCUGGUGCCCACGCUCUGGGAGAAGGCCAAUUCCCCUUUCCCACCGCGCUGGAGGAGACCCCCGUGCCGCCCCCCGCGCCUGCCAUGGACCCCCCGGCCGAAGACAUGCUGGUGGCCAUCCGGCGCGGCGUGCGCCUGCGCAGGACCGUCACCAACGACAGGUCGGCCCCGCGGAUAUUGUGAUGACGCCCACGGGGACGCGGGACGACGGACGACGGGGCGGGCGAUGCCGGGACCCCAGGGUGCACGGGACCCCUGGCUGCAGCGGGCACAGCCCCCAUGUGUCCUCACACUCGUGAUCGCUUUCUGUUGUUCUUUCUUCUCCUCUUUUGCUUCCCUUCCUCCCCUUUUUUGAUUUCUUCCGUUGGUUCAAUUGUGCACUCUUUUCUCGCGCUCUUUACCUGUGCUCUCUCCAUUCCCUUCUGGCUCUCUUCUCUCCAUCCCUCCCUCUCCACUGUCUCAAAGCCCUCUGCUCUAUCCAUCCUUGAGCUCUCUCUCACCCCCUCUGUCAUCUCCCUCACCUUAUUUUACUCUUUCCUUCUUGCUCUUUCUCUCCCUUCUCUCCUCCUUCCCUUUUCCUCCUCUUUUCCGUAUCUUUCUCAUUUUCACUUUUUCUCCAUUUCUUUCUCCUUUAUUUCUUUCUUUUUAUCUUUUUCUCUUUUUUUUCUCCAUUUCUUUUUCUCAUUUCUCCCUUUUCUCUUUCUCCUGCUUCUCUUCCUUCCUUCCUUCCUUCCUUCUUCUCAUUUUCACUCUUUUUUCCUCCAAUUCUUUCUCCCUCUGCUUUCUUUCUCCUUUUUUCUCCUUUUUUCUUUCUCCUUUUUUUCCUCUUUCUCAUUUUUUCUCCCUUCUUUUUUUCUUUCUCCUUUUUCCUCUUUUUUUCCCCUAUUUCUUCCCCCAUUUCCCUCUCCUUUUCCCUUUCUGCUUUCUCUUCUUCUCCCUUCCUUCUCCCUCCACCCCUUUCCCCAGCUCUCCCAUCUCCCAUUUCCACCAUUCCCUUUCCCCCACCCUUUACCCCCCAGCACAGGGCCCCGUCCAUCCCCAUUGUGGCCGGGACCGGGGCAGGAGCAGCGCCAGGAGCGGGGUGUCCCCGCCGUCCCCACGUCCCCAUCCCGCACACCUCAUUUUGGGGGCGGGGCAGCGGGGGGAGCACAGCCUGUCCCGUCCCCCCCAUUGUACAUAGCUCACCUGUGUGUCGCAUCGCCCGUCCCCGCCAUAGGAAUACCGUAGUCCUCCCCGGCCCCUUAUUGUGACCAGAGAUGCUGAUGAUGACAAGUGACAAAUGUUUGGGGUUGGGGGGUGGGGGAGGAAGGGGUUGGGCGGUGGGUGGGGGUCUCUUUCACAUUUUGUACAGAGAACAAAAAUUCCUCGGGGGAAAAAAAUGAGAAAAAAAAUAAUUGUCUUUUGACCGAAGUAACUUUUCUGGUGCUGUUGUUGAUUUGUUCCUUUUUUUUUAUCUUUUUUUUUUUUUUAAUUUAUUUCCCCUCUCCCCCCUCCCCCCCCCCGCCCCCCCCCCCCCCCCCACUGUGCUCCUGCCUCUGCCGCUGCUUCCCCCAUCCCUCGGCCACGUUUCUUUCUCUUUCUUUUAUCCCCCUUCCACCCACCCCCUUUUUUUUUUUUUUAAUCUUUAAUUUUUUUUUUUUGUGGUAAUUUCCCCUCCCCCCCCAUCCCUUUCCCACCCAGCCCUUGAUUUCAAUAGUCACUGCUACAAGUAACGAAUGCACUGUGAAGAUUCCAGUAUUAAUAAAGGUUGUACUGUAAUUAA